AUGUUUGUCGAAAUUGCUGUAACUGUUGCAACUGGUGCAACUGGAAUUGCAUUUAGAGAUUUAAAAGGAACACUUUAUCCAUCAAUUGGAUUAAGGACACAAGGAGAAUCUUUAGAAGUCAAUUUUGGUCAAAAGAAAUUCAAAUAUUCAAUUGAAGAUUAUGUGAAGGCAGAAAAAGAACAAACAAAUCUUACAUCUACAGUACAUCAACUUAUUAUAUCAUAUUUAAUUCAUCAUGGAUACAGCGAGGCAGCAAAAGUUUUUUCACAAGAUGCUACACGAAUAAAUUCUAUUCUUAAUAGUAAUGCGAUGGAAGGAGUGGAAAUUGAGAACACAUCUUUUAAUUUAGAUAAAGAUAUGUUAAAUAGGCAGAGAAUUCGAGAUUCUGUCCUUAAAGGUGAUAUAGAUGAUGCCAUCAAAUUAACCAAUAAGUUUUAUCCAUCAGUUUUACCUUCUAACGAUGAUAUUUUGUUUCAACUUCGAUGUCGCAAAUUUAUCGAAAUGAUGAGAGAGUGUGCUGGUAGUCAAAUAAUGAGUUCAGACGAAGAUGAUGUCGCGAUCAAGAAAGAUAAAAAAUUAAAUGAUUAUGAACUCAAUUUAUUAGAAGAUGAUAAUUUAUCAAACAAAAACAAAAAAACAUUAAAACGGCGGAAAGGACCCGAGGUAAACUUAAAUGGAUUAGGAGGAAUGAUAGAGUCUGCUGUACGAUUCGGUCAAGAAUUACAAGAUGAUUAUCGUGAUGAUACUCGAGAAGAAGUAAAAAAGAAAUUAUUGGAAACAUUUUCAUUAUUAGCGUAUACUGAUCCAAGAGAAAGUGUUGUUUCUUAUUUAUUAGAUCCAUCUGAACGUGAGCCAGUUGCCAAUGCAUUAAAUAGUGCAAUUUUAGUAUCACAAGGAAAACCUGCAAUUCCGCCAUUGGAACAAAUCUAUCGACAAACUUCAGUAGCAUUAAAUGAACUUUCUAGAAAUGGUGUUGGUUCUAGUGCUUUAGUCAAUAUACGAAAAAAUUGCUUAAUUUAA